AUGACUCAGGAUGACCCCGUUUUGGGCCGAAGUAUUGGAGAUUCUGUUAGACUGUAUGCAGAGCACCUGCUUUGGAAACUCCAUAGAGGUUAUGAGCUGCAUCCCGAUAUUGAAGUGACGGAUAACACGAAGAUUGCGGAGCUUGGGACUGGAACAGCCGUCUGGUUAAUGGACCUUGCAAGACAGCUUCCACCGACUGUUGAGCUACAUGGGUAUGACAUUUGCGAUGACCAAUUUCCACAAAAGGAGCUGUGGCCCAAGAACGUUAAGCUCAGCCUGCUGGACUCCUUGAGUGAUCCUCCUGCAUCACUGGAGGGCCAAUACGAUGCUGUCCACCUUCGUAUGUGGGCAAGCAAUCUGCGAGACGGUGACAUAUCGGGAAUAAUCAACCAUGCCAAGAAGCUCCUGAAGCCUGGUGGAUAUAUCCAAUGGGAAGAUGCCGACCUAGUCCACCAACGUAUCGAAGGCACCGAGGCAGAAGAAUUUGAACGAGAUAUCAACCACCUUUUCACGAAGGUUGAUCUCGACUACGGCUGGGUAUCGGAUUUGCCAAACCGCUUACGAGAGGAGAAAUUCAAGAUCAUUGAAUCGGAAAAUGGUUUCUUCAAGCCGGAGUUGGUACAACUCUGCACAAACACUUACUUGAUGGCUCUGCGGGUGAUUAUUCAAGAUGUUAAAAGACAACUCGCGCAGAAUCUGCAGCUCUCGAUCUCUGAACUAGAGGUGGCUCUCUACCGGAUGUCCUUGCAGAACUCCGCUGGGUUUAUCUAUAAUUGGUCUCCGGUGGCUGUGUUGGCACAAGUUGCUUGA